AUGACAGUGCCAUUUCCCGAUUUUCCAGAAUCUGUACCUACCGCUCCACUAGUUGUAAUCGAUUACAAUCUUCUUGUUCAGAAAGAUCCUGAAGAACUUAACAGGCUUUUCAAAGCUUCUACGGAUCUAGGAUUCUUCUACCUCAAAGUAGGCGCUCAACUCGAUCCAAUUCCAAUCUUUACGCUCGCCGAAUCAGUCUUUGGGCAGUCAUUAGACACCAAAAUGAAAUACGCAAUGGAUGGAAAGAAUGGAGUCUAUUUCGGGUACAAGGCUGUUGGAUCCACGUACACCGACAAAAAAGGUACGCCAGAUAUGAUCGAAUUUUGGAACAUUGCAAAGGAUGAGAUCCUCAUGCAAGACGCGACUGACCAUCCUAAGCCCAUCCUCGACGCUAAAGAAGUCCUGAAACAGUUCAUAAUUAAGUCCCACGAUAUCGUACUUGUCAUUCUCGAAAUAUUGUCAACAAAGCUGGGCCUGGAUCCACAUGCUCUUCCCGACUUGCACCGCUUGACACAUCCAAGCGGCGAUCAGUUGAGAUUAACAAAGUCCAUUAUAUGUCCUUUCCAACAGCAACUUUCGCCGCAUGUGGCUUUGGGCGCGCACACCGACUUCGGGUCAGUGACUAUUCUGUUCAAUCGACUCGGAGGCUUGCAGGUCUUGAAACCGGAUGGGGAAUGGACAUACGUGCGCCCGCUGCCCGAUCACGCUAUUGUCAAUCUUGGCGAUGCCAUGGUCAAACUUUCUAACGGUCUCUUAAAAUCGAACAUCCAUCGUGUCGUGGCGCCACCUUGGCUCAGUGUAGAAGACGAAGUGGUCGAUCGGUUUAGUGUGGUUUACUUUUCAAGACCCGAGAACGAUGUUCAUAUGACGAGUCUUCUAGGUCAUGGGGAACAAGAGCAAGACGCAGAUCAUGUGCUAACGGCCCAAGAAUGGAUCGCGAGAAGAGUCAAAAAUUUUCAAACAGCAAAUUACAAAGAUGAGACGUCGUACGAGAUGCGUAAAGGGACAGAAGGAAAUCGUGAUGAUGGUGUUUAUGUAUAA